AUGUGGCAUGAAUUUAAUGUAAAGCAAAAGAAAACUAUGGGCAGUUAUACAAUUGCAAGUGUUUGUCAAUUUGCAUAUGAAUAUGUGCACAAUAUUGCGGACAGGGACGCCUAUGGAUUUGCUGUGAGACCUCAACACAUUCAAACAUAUCGACAGUACGUUAAUAUCUACAAGGAAGAGGAAGAGGAAAGAUCAGAGAAAUGGAAGAUGUUCCUCGAACAUCACGCAAAACCUACUGAACUAUGCCUUUCUGAGGAGGAAGAUACAAAAACAUUGCAAGCUGAAGCUACAGAGCUGAAAAAUAAGGUUUGCCCUGAGGAGGAAAAUAAAGAGACAUUGCUUGUGGAUGCCCAUGAGACAAAAGAAGAGACUGCUUCUGAGAAGCAACACAAGGUGGCAUUGCAGACUGAAACUACCCAAUUGAAUAAAGAUGCUGCUUCUGAGGAGGAAUGUAAGGAGACAUUCCAAGGUGAAACUAUUAAAGUAAAAGAGGAGGUUGCCUCUGAGUUAAAAGAGGAGGCUGCUUCGGAGAGAAGCAAGGAAGGAGAUGCUCCAAGUGCGAAGCUUGAUUAUGCUGGUUCAAUAGAAAGUGAAACAGAAAAGCCUGAUUCUGCUCAUUCAACAGAAAGUGCAAGAGAAAAGGAGGUGCAGCUUGCAGAAGAAACAAAGACACGUAAGGUCGAAAGAUGGGCUAAGACCAGACCAACCCUUUAUGGCAUUGAGAAUAUGAUGAAUUCAAGGGUUAAGAAGGGAAAGAAUUUGAAAAAUACAAAUAUGAAUGAAAGUGGCAACCAUCUUCCGUCAAUAAAAGAGGUAAGAUCUCCAGAAGGAGAAUCUGAGGAUGAGUUUGAGGAAAAGGUAUGUGUAAAUGAGAUCUCAGCUAGGGAAGAAAGUAAUGGAGGCAGUGGGGCUUAUCACGAAUCCUUUUUUCCUUGGAAAGAGGAGCUGGAGAGCCUUGUUCAUGGAGGAGUGCCAAAGGAUCUGAGAGGGGAGGUAUGGCAAGCCUUUGUAGGUGUUAAGGCACGACGAGUGGAGAGAUAUUACGAGGAUUUGCUGGCUCAAGAAAACUAUGAUGAUGACCAGCAUAGUAACUCAUCUGGUGUGUUCAGCAAAUGGAGAAAGCAGAUUGAGAAGGAUUUACCGCGGACUUUUCCAGGUCAUCCAGCUUUGAAUGAUCAUGGUAGGGAUUCCUUGAGGCGUUUACUUUUAGCAUACGCUCGACAUAAUCCCUCUGUUGGGUAUUGUCAGGGAAUGAAUUUCUUUGCUGGAUUAUUGCUACUUCUGAUGCCAGAGGAAAAUGCCUUUUGGACCUUCGUGGGCAUAAUUGAUGAUUACUUUAAUGGGUACUAUACAGAGGAAAUGAUAGAAUCUCAGGUUGAUCAACUUGUAUUUGAAGAGUUGAUGCGUGAAAGAUUUCCUAAAUUGGGUUUGUUUACUUUUCUACAUUUUAUUUAUGAUCUUCCCAUGCAUUACACGAAACAAAUGGGUGAUUUUUUUUAUUUCAUGUAUGCUUAUGGGGAAGUCAAUCAUCUGGAUUACUUGGGAGUACAGGUGACAUGGAUUUCUGCAUCUUGGUUUCUUUCCAUUUUUGUUAAUAUGCUUCCUUGGGAAAGCGUUCUUCGCAUUUGGGAUGUGAUUCUAUUUGAAGGAAAUCGUGUUAUGCUAUUUCGAACGGCCCUUGCUUUAAUGGAGUUAUAUGGUCCUGCCUUAGUUACAACUAAAGAUGCUGGGGAUGCCAUCACUUUGCUGCAAUCCCUUGCUGGUUCAACAUUUGACAGCAGCCAACUUGUUUUGACUGCCUGCAUGGGUUUUUUGGCUGUGACAGAUGGUAAAUUACAAGAGUUGAGAGAAAAGCAUAGACCAGCUGUUCUAUUGAUUGUUGAGGAAAGAACAAAAGGAGGUCAAGUUUGGAAAGAUUCAAAAGGACUUGCAUCUAAGCUGUACAGUUUUAAGCAUGAUCGUGGAUCACUGCAGAAGGAAACAAAGCCUGCUGAAGGUUUAGCUGAUGGAAACACAUCUAAGUUGGAGCCCCGUUCCUCUAAUCUUGAUGAAUUGCUCUGUAGCCUAAAUGCAGAUUCCACAGUAGAUUCUCUACCAGAUCUUCAGGAGCAGGUUGAUUGGAUGAAAGUUGAGUUGUGUCGAUUGCUUGAGGAAAAAAGAGCUGCUGUACUCCGAGCUGAGGAGUUAGAGACAGCACUUGUUGAGUUGGUCAAAGAAGAUAACCAAAGACUAUUGAGUGCAAAGAUUGAACAGUUAGAGCAAGAGGUGACUGAUUUACACCAAGCUCUUGCUGAUAAGAAAGAACAGGAAGCUGCAGUGAUUAAGGUUUUGAUACAGCUGGAGCAAGAGCAAAGGAUCAUUGAAGAUGCUCGCAGAAAUGCAGAGCAAGAUGCAGCUGUCCAGAGACAUGCAGUUACUGAGCUUCAGGAAAAAUAUGAGAAGGCUAUGGCUUAUAUUGCUCAGAUGGAGAAGAGGGUGGUUAUGGCAGAAUCAAUGUUGGAGGCUACCUUGCAAUAUGAAUCUGGCCAAUCUAAAGCACUAUCUUCUCCACGGGCUCAGCGAGACAGUCCCAGAAGAAAGGUGGGGUUAUUGUCAUUUGCACUCGGCUGGCGUGACAAAAACAAGGUAAAUAUUUACAUUGCCACGUUUUGGCAGGUUUUACUUGCAAAAGCAUUAGGCUUGUCAUUCCUUGAUUUCUAUUAUUCAUUCCCAUCUGGGAUGAAAUACUUUAUUCAAUUGUUUUGGAGCAGUUCUAUUAGCUUGAAGUAGAGUUAAUGGUGCUACAAUUGUUUUGACAUUUUCUAUUAGGUUUGGAGUUCAGAGGAUAUUGCUUACCUAUUUUCUAUGCCUUUAUUUGAAGCUCGCAAACUUGAAUUUGAUAUGGCAGGGCAAACCUAAUGUUGAGGAGUCUACCGACGGUAAAUCCAACCCUAGCACAACACCGAAAGAAACAAACACCCAAGACCAAGAAGAGCUCUAGCUAGGGAUAGCCCUGGUGCCACGUUAUCCUUUGAAUUUGUGCCUCCACUGCCAAAAAAGUCAUUUCUCUGCAACUCUUCUGAUUUUUAAUUGCUCUUUUCUCCUUAUUUGUAGCUAUGAAUAUACUGGCAAUUAAUGGUAAGAGGGUUCUAUUUGUACGAAGUGUCAAGUUGAACCCAAGUUGACUUGUAGAAGUAGAUUGAUUUGAAUAUGAUCCAAUG